CAGCGAUGUGGCGUCGUGGAUUCCUUGUGCUCCUUGGCGUGGCCGCCGCCGUGGCCAGUCCUAUCAGCCGCCAGGUGGGCGUGUCGGACAAGGUCGGAAUAGUCACCAGGAAUGAAAGUGCUGUGUGUGUGAUCGACGAAGAAGUUUACGCGGAGGGCGAGUACCUGCCCACCGCCGACCCGUGCGAGGAAUGCCAGUGCAAGCCUCCGGGCUUUGCUUGCUUUGUGAUCAGUUGCGAGUACAAGCCGGGCUGCCGCGCCCUUCAGCGGUCCGGACUUUGUUGCCCGGAGUAUCGAUGCGACUGCGAGUGGGACGGCGUCGUGUACCAUAACGGAGAGCCGGUGCCUAACUUGGCCAAUCCAUGCGAAACGUGCAUAUGCUCUGGCGGCGAGGUGGAGUGUUCGGUAAUCCAGUGUGAGUGGAGGAAUGAUUGCGAGGGCAUCUACACGGAUGGCGUCUGCUGUCCUUCUUAUGAUCAUUGUCCUCCGAAGGAUGCAGUGCAAGCAAAUGAAGCUGUGACUCAAGUUUCUCAGGCCCAAGAACAAGCUGAAGUUGAGGCCAAUGAAGCUAUAACUGAAGCUUCUCAGGCUCAGGAACAAGCUGAAGUUGAGGCCAAUGAAGCAGUAACUGAAGCUUCUCAGGCUCAAGAACAAGCUGAAGUUGAAGCCAAUGAAGCUGUAACUGAAGCUUCUCAGGCUCAGGAACAAGCUGAAGUUGAAGCCAAUGAAGCUGUAACUGAAGCUUCUCAGGCUCAAGAACAAGCUGAAUUUGAAGCCAAUGAAGCUGUAACUGAAGCUUCUCAGGCUCAAGAACAAGCUGAAGUUGAGGCCAAUGAAGCGAUAACUGAAGCUUCUCAGGCUCAAGAACAAGCUGAAGUCGAGGCCAAUGAAGCUAUAAGUGAAGCUUCUCAGGCUCAAGAACAAGCUGAAGUUGAGGCCAAUGAAGCUGUAACUGAAGCUUCUCAGGCUCAAGAACAAGCUGAAGUUGAGGCCAAUGAAGCUGUAACUGAAGCAUCUCAGGCUCAAGAACAAGCUGAAGUUGAAGCCAAUGAAGCUGUAACUGAAGCUUCUCAGGCUCAAGAACAAGCUGAAGUUGAGGCCAAUGAAGCGAUAACUGAAGCUUCUCAGGCUCAGGAACAAGCUGAAGUUGAGGCCAAUGAAGCGAUAACUGAAGCUUCUCAGGCUCAGGAACAAGCUGAAGUUGAGGCCAAUGAAGCUGUAACUGAAGCUUCUCAGGCUCAGGAACAAGCUGAAGUUGAGGCCAAUGAAGCUGUAACAGAAGCUUCUCAGGCUCAAGAACAAGCUGAAGUUGAGGCCAAUGAAGCGAUAACUGAAGCUUCUCAGGCUCAAGAACAAGCUGAAGUUGAAGCCAAUGAAGCUGUAACUGAAGCUUCUCAGGCUCAAGAACAAGCUGAAGUUGAAGCCAAUGAAGCUGUAACUGAAGCUUCUCAGGCUCAGGAACAAGCUGAAGUUGAGGCCAAUGAAGCGAUAACUGAAGCUUCUCAGGCUCAAGAACAAGCUGAAGUUGAGGCCAAUGAAGCUGUAACUGAAGCUUCUCAGGCUCAAGAACAAGCUGAAGUUGAAGCCAAUGAAGCUGUAACUGAAGCUUCUCAGGCUCAAGAACAAGCUGAAGUUGAGGCCAAUGAAGCUGUAACUGAAGCUUCUCAGGCUCAAGAACAAGCUGAAGUUGAAGCCAAUGAAGCUGUAACUGAAGCUUCUCAGGCUCAAGAACAAGCUGAAGUUGAGGCCAAUGAAGCUGUAACUGAAGCUUCUCAGGCUCAAGAACAAGCUGAAGUUGAAGCCAAUGAAGCUGUAACUGAAGCUUCUCAGGCUCAAGAACAAGCUGAAGUUGAAGCCAAUGAAGCUGUAACUGAAGCUUCUCAGGCUCAGGAACAAGCUGAAGUUGAGGCCAAUGAAGCUGUAACUGAAGCUUCUCAGGCUCAAGAACAAGCUGAAGUUGAGGCCAAUGAAGCUGUAACUGAAGCUUCUCAGGCUCAAGAACAAGCUGAAGUCGAGGCCAAUGAAGCUGUAACUGAAGCUUCUCAGGCUCAAGAACAAGCUGAAGUUGAGGCCAAUGAAGCGGUAACUGAAGCUUCUCAGGCUCAGGAACAAGCUGAAGUUGAGGCCAAUGAAGCGAUAACUGAAGCUUCUCAGGCUCAAGAACAAGCUGAAGUUGAGGCAAAUGAAGCGAUAACUGAAGCUUCUCAGGCUCAAGAACAAGCUGAAGUUGAGGCCAAUGAAGCUGUAACUGAAGCUUCUCAGGCUCAGGAACAAGCUGAAGCUUCUCAAGAUGAAAUUACUUCAGGCUUAUCCCGCAGUGAUCUGGUGUCCGAAAAUCCUGCAGAUGCUUCUGUUGGACAAGAAGCAAGUGAAGGAACACCAAUUGUGGAAGUGAUUACAGAAGCAUCUCAAGCUGAAGAGCCAGAAGAAAUCAUAGAAGCCAAUGAAAGUGAACAGACAGCUGAACAGAUUCCAGAAAAUAUAGUGUCUUCCCAAACAGAAGAGAAACCAGAGGCAAAGCCUGAAGUUGUUCCUGAAGCCUCUGAGAGUGAACAAGUAACCGAAUUGCUUCCAGAGAGUGCGGUUGUGCCUGAAGCUUCUGUUGCUGAACAAGAAACAACUCCAGAUGUUAUUCCAGAGGGGUCUCAGGCAGCAGAGGAAGUACCAGGUGCUCCAGAAAGUGAGGUAGCUCCUGAAGCGUCCACUGCAGUGAAAGAGAAGGAAACCACUCCUGAAGAAAUUGUUACAGAAGCUUCUCAAGCUGAAGAGGGAACUAAACCUGAAGAGCCAAUUGCACAGGCAAUAGAAGCCGAUACUGUGACUGAAUCAUUCUCAAUGUUUGAUGAUGCUGGAUCAAUUCGUGUAAGUGUUAAUGGCGAUGCUUACCAAAACAUCAAUGAUUUGUCUAAGCCACAAACUCAAGAAAAUGGAACAGAGGAGGAAAUUAUUUCUGAACCUGUUGUCGAUGCUAGUAAUACCGAUGAUGAUGAAUAUUGGAAGAUGAUGGCCAGGAACUCUUCAUUACCACAGACUGAGGGAACUUCACCUGCAUCAGGCUCAACAGAGGCUACUGCUACAGAAGCCAUUGACAAGGAAAUUGAGAAGGUUGCCGAAAAAUAUGGACUAAAACCAACCAAGACUACAACCCAAGCACAGAGCAACAAGUCACAAAUACAGACCAACGCGCUGAGGAAGAAGAGGGGCUUUGUUAACACAGUUGCUGACUACGUUGCAAGCUUCUUUUAAAUUAUCAGCUCAGCCAAUAUAUACUGCUAUGUAUGACAGGCAGUAAACCUUUUAGUUUUAAUGUUAUUUAUAUAAUGUAAUAAUACUGGACAGGUGUGUUUAUCAGAACACUUUAGAAAUAAUAUUAUAUGUAAGUAUAUGACAAAAAUUCGAGAGGAAAAAAUAUGGUGUAUGGAACAAGGAAAUUAAAAUCUUACAAAGAAUAACAUAAUUUCCUGGCAAUUGUAAAGGAUUUAUAUGUAGUUCACAUAUAAGAUUUAGGGCAUUUAAAUGUUUAAAAUGUUUCAGAAACAAUAAAUCCAUCUAUGCAAGUAUAUUACCUAAACUGCUUAUUGUUGAUAAGCUUUUACAACAUGGUUAUGCCUUAAUCAAAUAGGUAAUACAGUCUGUCAAAAGAUUAUGCACUACUAAGUUAUUCGUAUGGUGGAAAUGUGCUCUUUGCUUAUGGUUCCAUGAUUUUUCACCCUUCAGGAAGAUUUAACUAU